UCCUGCAUAAGGAAAAUAAAAUAACUUCUUUUAAAUCUUGCAAAAACAAACAAUUUCCCAAGAAAGAACUUACUUUGUUCAUUGGGCCUUUGAGGGAGUCUUAACAUAGCGUUGCGUAUCAAAAUGUCUGCUGCCAACUGUUUCCUGUCUGAAGACCAGCUUCUGUGCGGCAUCUGUCUGGAUGUGUUCACCGAUCCGGUCACGAUACCAUGUGGGCACAACUUCUGCCAAAAGUGCAUCAAGCAGCACUGGGACAGCAACAGCAAGUGUGAGUGCCCAACAUGUAAAUAUCCUUUCUACAAAAAGCUUGAUCUGCGAGUCAAUAAUUUCAUAUCUGAGAUGGCAGCGCAGUUCAGCAGAUCUAGAAGCGACAGCUCAGAUCAGCAACUCGCAAAACCAGGAGAAGUUCCCUGUGACAUCUGCACUGAAACCAAAUGGAAAGCGGUGAAGUCCUGCCUGGUGUGUUUGGCCUCGUAUUGCGACAAUCAUCUACAGUCCCAUCUGACGGUUCCCUGCCUGAAAAGACAUCAGCUGACGGAUCCUGUGGAGAAUCUGGAAGGUAGGAUGUGUAAAAUACACGAAAAACCUCUGGAGCUCUUCUGCAAAACAGACCAGAUCUGUGUUUGCAUGCUGUGCCCGGUUCUAGACCACAAAUCACAUGAAGUCAUUCCUCUGAAAGAAGAAUUUGAGAGAAAGAAGGCCGACCUGGGGAAGACGGAGACUAAAAUCCACCGGAAGAUCGAAGAGAGACGGCUUAAGAUCGAAGAGUUCAAGAACUUGGCGAAUGUCAACAAGGAAUCCGGAGACAGAGAAAAGGCGGACGGUGUUCAGGUCUUCAAUGCAUUGAUUCAGUCUUUGGAAAUAUCUAAAGCCGAGCUCAUCGAGGAGAUCGAAGCCAAGCAGAAAGAGACGGAGAAGAAAGCCAAAGCAUUCAUUGGAGAACUGGAGCAGGAGAUCUCAGAGUUGAUCAGAAAGCGAGCUGAGGUGGAGCAGCUCUCACGCUCCAAAGACUACGUCCACGUCCUGCAAAGCUUUGCCUCGUUGAAAGCUUCGGCACUCACAAAGGACUGGACAGAAGUCAGCAUCGAUCCACCAUCUUAUGAAGGGACUCUGAGGAAUGCUUUGGAUCAACUGGACGAGACUUUGGGCAAAGAGAUGGAAAAGGCGCUCCAAAUAGCCGAGCUAAAUCGGGUCCAGAAGUGUGCGGUGGACAUGGUUUUGGAUCCUGAUUCGGCUCAUCAUGCUCUCAUGAUUUCUGCCGAUGGAAAACAAGUUCAUCAUGCCGUCGUGAACAAGACACUCUCCAACACUCCUAAGAGAUUCAACCCAAGUUGUUGUGUCUUAGGGAAAGAGGGUUUCUCCUCUGGGAAGUUUUACUUUGAGACAGUGGUCAGAGAGAAGACCAGAUGGACUGUAGGAGUCGCCAAGGAGUCCAUCAAGAGGAAGGGAAUCAUCCCGCUGAGCCCAGAGAACGGCCAUUGGACCAUUUGGUUGAAAAAUGGAGAUGAAUACGCCGCUCUUGUUGGCUCGCCUCUCAAACUCUCUCUUGAUUCAAAGCCUCAGAAGGUGGGAGUGUUUGUGGAUUACGACAAGGGUCUAGUCUCGUUUUAUAAUGUUGAUACUGCAGAUCUACUCUACUCCUUUGCCGGCUGCUCUUUUACUGAGAAAAUCUACCCAUUCUUCAGUCCUGGGCUCAAUGAUGACGGCAUCAACUCAGUCCCUCUGAGGCUUUCUAGCGUCGGUCACUAAACAUGAAUCUGUGUUGGGGUUUUUACAAAUGCAGGAUCAAAUGUGCCUUGUAGGAUGAAGUGUCUUUCUUAACGUGUUCAAAAAGGCCUUCUUUGGUCUAUAUAUACUAGGGCU